ACAGUUGGGCUGACCCAUUCUGGUUUAUCAAGCACACUUAUUGAAUUGGACAGAUUAACGAAAUACAUCCCACGUAUCUCAAGAUACAAUACCCUAAAAAUCAGCAACUCCGUGACCCAGUUUGGUUCUACCGUUUUUCCUGUCAUUCUUUCGACUUGGGUAUGCUGCGAAACGGUCAAAGAUGUGAUC